AUGGCCGAACAAGCAAAAUCGACGCUCAAGGCGUAUCGCGGCAAGUGCGAAUGCGGUGCUUACAUCUACGAGCUGGCAAUGCCGCGAGUCAAAACCUCCUGGUGCAAAUGCAGCCCAUGUCACAUGAAAUUCAAGAUGUGGCAAGUUCUCAGGGCGCAGGACCUGAGAUUCCUCAAGGGUGACCCAGCGAACCUGACCGAUGACAAUUCCGGUCGGGAGCUGUUCAGACACAAGUUCUGUCCCAGAUGCGGUAUCGCUGUCAUGCACCAGACGGGCGUCAAUGCACAGUCUUUCCAAAACGGACAGUAUUCUGACUUCCAGUUGAGAGACUCCGAGAUCGACAAUUUCAGCGGCGACUGUUACGACAGCGACUGUCCGGACAGCGACUGUUCCGACUGCGUCUGGUCGGACGACGAGUGUUCCGACAGCGACUCCAUCAUGGCAGUUCAUGGAAACCCUGAGGACAUCAGCAUGAACCCUAGAGCUGCAAUCGAGGAAGGAAAGCUGUCCAGCAGCUGCAGCUGCGGCUCGGUCAGAGUGGCUCUGAAGUUGAGGCCCUUGGAUAUGGCAUAUUCCAAGGGCAUCUGCGGCGGCUGCAGCUAUUGCUCAAGGUUCACCGCCGAUUGGGAUUAUCUGCAGCGUCUCGGGGUUGCCCUCAAGGGCUCGGAAAACCUCACGGACUUCGACGUCGCAACCCAUAACAUCGACAAGGCGUCCUGCAGGCACUGCAGCGUCACGUUAAGCAGUCGUCUCGUGCUGGUGACCGACGAGUUUCUCGCCAUGCUACCGAAAGAGGCUAGAAAGGCCUUCGAUGGCAUGGAGCUCGGACAACUGCCCAUCCCCAGGCCUACAAAUAGCUCGGACAUCCGAGGUGUGGUCACUCGAAAGAUCAACGAGUUUCAUGAGUUGAACUUUGCGCUUGCUGUUCACAUCUUGAUGUUCAUCUUUCUGUGCUUGCUGCGUAUAUACACUUAUGAGAGAAAUAUCGAGCCAUGA